AUGGCCGCGCCCCCGCGCCCCGUCUCUCCCGCCCGCACGCGCGCGCACUGCCGCGCCUGCCUGUGGCCACCCUCGCCCCCAGGCCGCUCCCGUGCGAGCUCCCUGCGCAGGGCCCGCCCGCCGUUGGCCGCCACCGGCCGCCGCUCCCCGUGCCCCGCUCCGGUGUCGUCCGCGCCGCCGCGGAUGCGCCGCACCGGCCGCCCCUGGCCACUGGCACCCCCCUCCCCUUGCUCCGGCGCCCUGCUGUGGCCGCCGGCGCCCAGUCGGGUGCGCCCCUGCCGGCCACGCCCGCAGCGCCCAUUCGGGCGCCCGCACGCCCAUGUGCCCGCUUAG